AUGAAUCUGGAAGGCCAAGUCAUUACCACUAUUUCUGUGUACAAGUCAAGGUAUCUCCACGUCCCUUUCUCAACGGUAUUCAAACUUGUUAACGGGCCAAAAACGAAUUCUAACAAUCUUGAAGCUGGUGCUCAUUGUGAUUGUACGAGUUCUGCAGAAUCUGAGAUGAUGUCAGUAUCCAACGAGUCGUCUUUUUAUCAGAAUCAGGACAGCAGUGACAGGGGAGGAACAGAGCCAAAGAGGAAGCUGAAGAAAUUCAGAUCAAUCAAGCUCUCAAGAUUGCCAAGCCUAAGAUCAUCAUCCACAAGACGAUCAAAAUUACGGCAGUUAUCAGAUGCAUCGCCGAAUUAUAUGAAGGCCACAAACAGUUCAGAUGCAAGGAAGGAAAGUUUGCAGAAUUCAAUGACAAUGUCGUCAAGGAGAUCAAGUUUGAAGCCUGGGCAGAGUUUGACAAGAAUGUCUAGCAUGAAAUUCAAGAGGAAUUUGAUGAGCAAAAGCUCUGAAGGGACUGAGUUGCAGAGGAAAGUGAAGAAGUCAAGAUCAAUCAAGCAGGCAAGUUCAUCCACAAGAAGCGUGGAAUCUGGCUAUCAGGCAAGUCCCCAUAAUUCCGAAUCCAGUUUUAGUAGCAAUCAUCGCCAAAAUAGGAAAAAAUUAAGUGAUCCAAAGCCAAAAUCUGCCUUUUCUGGUAAUAAAUCUGUGAGAAUUAUGAAAAGGUCAUCGAGUUUGAAGCCUGUGAAAGUCUUAACAAAAAUGGGAACUUUCAAAUCAAACAAGCCUUCCAUGAGGAAAUGUUCUGAAAUAUCUAAGGCUACCUGUUCUUCAACUCUCAAGGAUUCCAAAAUCCCAGGCUCCUUGGAGCUUCAGCCUGAAAAGAUUUGUCCUUAUAGUUAUUGCUCUCUUCAUGGUCAUCACCACAAUGCUUCACCUCCAUUGAAGCGCUUUGUUUCUAUGAGGCGGCGCUUGUUGAAGACCCAGAUGAGCAUGAAACGAGAGAGUCAAUUUCGUAAAGGCAAACGCUCUCUGAAUAUGAAGAAAGGAAUUCAGGCAAAGGAAAUGUUUCAUAAUGUUAAAGAAAAAGCAGGCGGGGAUUUCUCUGUAAAUGGAAAUGAUGUAGAACACAAAAUGCAGUCUAAAAAUCAGAAGUAUAUCAAAGUGUGGCACUCAAUAUAUAAGCAUGCAUUAGUAGAUAUCGGCCGAAAAGUCGAAAACAAGAUUCCUCUAGAUGGAUUGGAAAGUGAAGAACAAGUGGAAGAUACCAACAACUGUGGUUCUUCUGAGGGUCUUUCUGAAGCAGACCACCAAAAGAAUGAGCUCACCCAGCUUGAUGCCAUUAAGCUGGUACAAGAAGCUUUUGAUGAAAUCCUUCUGCAAGAAUUUCAUGACCAAUCUUCUGAUGAUCAAUCAAUAACAAGCAGAAGAAGUUCAGACCAAGUUAAGGGUGUGGAAUGGAGCAUCUCAGCUUCCAGUGAGCCUGCUAAAGACAAUAUGGUAGAAAAUGCAGAAGAAACAUUGCAGGAAGGUGAUAGUAUUAGUACUCCCAAAGAAGAGAAAUCUGACAAGAGAAGGCCCAAAAGCUGGAGCAAACUGAAAAGCUUAAUCCUGCUCAAGAGAUUUGUCAAGGCAUUGGAGAAGGUGAGGAAUUUCAACCCCCGGAAGCCACAAUAUCUGUCCUUGAAGCCUGAUCCGGAAGCAGAAAAGGUCAAUCUGAGGCACCAAACAACAGACAGCAGAAAAAACGCUGAGGAAUGGAUGCUUGAUAAUGCACUUCAACAGGUCAUUUCUAAGCUAGCUCCAGCUCAAAAACGAAAAGUAGUACUUCUUGUUGAAGCUUUUGAGAAAAUUCUUCCUCUGCCAGAAAUUGAAACUGCCCAGAUGUCCAAUGCAGCAGUUUGCACUCAAGCAAAUCCCCUUCAAGCCUGUAAUGGUUCCUCAAUUCAAAGCAGAGAAGAACAGCAGACUCCUCCACUGAAAUUUUCUGAGCUCAGAGAAACCAGUUUGGAAUGUAGUUGCAUUAAAGCAGAACAGGAAAUUACCAACGAAGACUGGGAGGAAAAGCAAAUUAUUGCCAUCAAUCUUGAUAGGGUGGACGAUAAAUUCAUUCUUGCUGAUAAUCAACCUGAUUCCAUCAUUAGUUGUUCACCAGAGGGCAUUGUAAGCACCUGUGAUGAAGUAGUUCGAGAGAAUGGAAAAGUCUCCAUAGGAGUUAGUUCAAGUUCAGAACUCUGCAACCAUGGUUCUGAAUCAGAAUGCAAAGAUUCAGAGAAUACCAUUUUAGUCAGUGCACCUUGUGAACAAUCUGAUAGGUAUGGUAUACCAAACUCAGAAAAUUAUGUGGAAUCAAAAGCAAUUAACAGUGUAGCAAAUAAGGCCUGGUUGGAAAAAAAGAAAAACAUGAAGCUGUGGCACUUGGUGUAUAAUCACAUGGCAUCAGGCAUUGCAGCAAAAGAUGGAGCCAACCCACAACUUGAUGAAGCAGGUAAAGAAGAACAAGAAGUGGAUGAUUCUGAUUCCAACUCAUUGCCUGAAACAAGCACUUCCAAUUCUUGUCAGAAUGUCUCUGAAAUGGAUAUGGAUAACAGUAUUGAAGCCAUUAAGCUGAUAGAAGAAGCGAUUGAUGAAAUCCCUCUUCCAGAAGAGGAAGGUGAUGACACAGAGAAACCAUUCAUCUCAAAUUGCAAAGAUUCUGAGAAAGACAGCAGCUUCACCAAAUCCGGCAAAACAGAUCCAGAAGAAGAGAAGACAGAAAUGAAGGUGGAAAAGAAAUCUAACCAGCAAAUGCCAAGAAAAUGGAGCAUUCUGAAGAAGUUGAUCCUGCUUAAUAGAUUCAUCAAGGGAUUGGAAAAAGUAAGGAAAUUUAAUCCACGGAAGCCACAAUAUCUGCCUUUGGAGCAGGACCCAGAAGGAGAAAAAGUUCAUUUAAGGCAUCUGGACAUGGAUCAAAGAAAAAAAGCAGAGGAAUGGAUGCUUGAUUAUGCACUUCAACAGGUUGUAGCCAAACUAACCCCACUAAGGAAAAGAAAAGUUGAACUUCUUGUACAAGCUUUUGAAUCAGUCAGUCCAACCAUUGGGAGUUGAAAGGACACAAUGCAGCAGCUUCCAAUCAAGCCAAAUAAAUUGUCAGUCAGGUAAAAGCAGAAAGCCUCCAUUUUCCUUAUCAUUUACGUAAGUCCGAGGAGAAUGUUCCUCAGGAACAACCUUUUUCAGCAGAACAAACAGACCGUUAUUGAUUCUGUCAAUUUAGGAUGCAGCAGUGUAGCAUGUAGAUGCAAGUUUUGAGUCAAUGAAGAUUCUUAGGAGUUAGGAGCAUACCCUUUUCUUUAUUUGUUUGGAAUUAUUAAGGCUUGUUGUCGUUGAAGUCAGCAUAUAUUGUGAAGAAUGUAUACAAAUAUAGUGGAGAU